GGGCCGGGGGCGGCGGCCCGGCAGGGCGCGCUCGGCCCCUGAGGUGCGGCCGCUCAUAGCGCGCCGGCUCGGGGGAGGCGGCGGCGGCGGCGGCGGAGCGACGUGCAGGAUCAGGAUGUCUGGGCUGCCCGGCGGCCCGGAGCAGAGCGCGCCCGACGCGCCGCGCGCUGGCUUCGUGCUGGGGCUGGACGUGGGCAGCUCUGUGAUCCGCUGCCACGUCUAUGACCGGGCGGCGCGGAUCCGCGGCUCGAGCACUCAGAAGGUGGAAAGUCUUUAUCCUCAAACUGGCUGGGUUGAAAUUGAUCCUGAUGUUCUCUGGGUUCAAUUUAUUGCUGUAAUAAAAGAUGCUGUCAAAGCUGCUGGAAUACAGAUGAAUCAAGUUGUUGGUCUUGGCAUAUCAACACAGAGAGCAACUUUCAUUACGUGGAACAAGAAAACAGGACAUCAUUUUCACAACUUCAUUAGUUGGCAAGACCUAAGAGCUAUUGAACUUGUAAAAUCCUGGAAUAGUUCUCUUCUAAUGAAGGUAAUACACAGUUCCUGCCGAGUGCUUCACUUUUUCACUAGAAGUAAACGACUGCUAGCCGCCAAUAUGUUCACUUUCACAACCCAGCAUGCUUCUCUGCGCCUGGCCUGGAUAUUACAGAAUAUAAUAGAGGUACAAAAGGCAGCUGAAGAAGGAAAUUGUUGCUUUGGAACUAUUGACACCUGGUUAUUACAUAAGCUCACCAAAGGUUCUGAAUAUGCCACGGAUGUUUCAAAUGCCAGUACAACUGGACUUUUUGAUCCCUAUAAGAUGUGUUGGAGCAGUCUCAUUACCUCCUUGGUUUCAAUACCACUCUCCCUCCUGCCUCCUGUGAAGGACACGAGCCACAAUUUUGGAUCAGUGGAUAAAGAGAUAUUUGGUGUGCCUAUACCAAUAGUUGCCUUGGUCGGCGACCAGCAGUCAGCCAUGUUUGGAGAAUGCUGCUUCCAGACAGGAGACGUGAAAUUAACCAUGGGAACUGGGACUUUUUUGGAUAUUAAUACUGGAAAUAACCUACAACACACUGUGGGAGGAUUUUACCCAUUAAUUGGGUGGAAGAUUGGGCAAGAAGUUGUGUGCUUGGCUGAAAGCAAUGCAGGAGACACUGGUAUUGCCAUAAAGUGGGCUCAGCAGUUAGAUCUUUUCACAGAUGCUGCUGAAACUGAAAAAAUGGCCAAAAGUUUGGAAGAUUCUGAAGGAGUUUAUUUUGUUCCAUCUUUUAAUGGAUUACAGGCUCCACUGAACGACCCCUGUGCAUGUGCCUCCUUCAUGGGUUUGAAGCCUUCCACCAGUAAAUACCACCUCGUUCGAGCAAUAUUGGAGUCAAUAGCUUUCAGAAACAAACAAUUAUAUGAGACGAUGCAGAAAGAGAUUCAUAUUCCUGUAACAAAAAUCCGGGCAGACGGAGGAGUCUGUAAGAACAAUUUUGUCAUGCAGAUGACUUCAGACUUGAUUAAUGAGAACAUAGAGAGACCUGACCACUUUGACAUGUCCUGCCUAGGUGCGGCAUCUCUAGCAGGCCUUGCUGUUGGGUUUUGGACCGACAAGGAGGAGCUAAAGAAACUGAGGCAAAGUGAAAUGGUUUUCAAGCCACAGAAGAAAUGGCAAGACUAUGAAAUGAAUAUGGAAAACUGGCUCAAAGCCGUGAAACGCUCCAUGAAUUGGUACAACAAGAUGUAAUCCACUGAUGCUGUGGAAACCGCAGCUGGCUGAUAUCCAUGCUGUGCACACGAGGCAAAGCUCAGGGAUAACCAGAAAUUAACAGUGACCUGGAAGAGAUGCCAAGCAAGCUUCACAGCUUCAGAGGAAAAAGAAUUGCUUUCCAAACAAAACAAAACAAAACAAAAAAACUUUUGUUUUUAUCCAAAGCUUGAUAAAAUUAUAUGGCAACAAUACCUCAAAACUUCGGAUUUUUUUUUUCUCAAAUUCCAAAGGACAUUAGCCAUUUCCAGCCAUAUUUUGAUAGUUAUAGGUCCUCCUCCUUGUUUGCCUUGCCUGUGGGGGAUGUGUUCCAAGACCCUGGUGGAUGCCGAAACCAUGGAUAGCACCAAAACCUAUAUUGCUAUGGUUUUUCCUCUACACACGUGAUAAAAUUCAGCUAAUAAAUUAAGUGUGAUAAGGGAUUAACACUGGUAAUAAAAUAGAACAAUAUAACAAUAUAUUGUCAUAAAAUUACAUAAGGGAGGUCUCUCGUCUAAAAUAUCUCAUUGUGCACUACUGACCUCCCUUUUGGUGUGGAUGUGAGAUGUACAGUGCGCGAGCAAUGAGGUGAAGUGAGCUGAAUAAGUACACACUUAUGCUUCCUGGCUCUGACCUUUACAGUCUGAAGUGCAAUAGCAAAAGUAGCACAAAUUUCUUUUUCCUUCACAAUUUCCCAGAUAGAAGAUUUGUUCUCACCAUAGAUCUUAGCAAUCUCAGCAUGUGGUUUUUUUCCUUUCCUUAUUUUUGUUCUUUCCUAAGCAAAGGACUUUCACCUUUUUUUUUUUUUCCACUUUAAAGGAGCAUUUUACAGCUUUUCUUUGGUAUAUCUGAAAGGCCAGCAUCACUGCUCUUGCGUGUUGGGACCGUUACUGAGUAAAAUACUUAAACACAAGAUCUGCAGUAAAGUGACAGUGAUGUGAUAACCAAGACAGAUAAUAAGUGACUGACAAGCGGGUAGCAUAUACCGUGUGGAUACACAGGACAACGGGAUGAUUGGCACAACAGUGUGGGAUUUCAUCAUGCUACUCAGAAUGGCAUGCAAUUUAAAACUUAAGAAUUGUUUAUUUCUGGAAUUUUCCAUGUUAUAUUUUUGGACUAUAAUUGACUACAAGUAACUGAAACCAUGAAAAGUAAAACUUUGGAAAAGGGGGCCACUGUACAUAGAAACAUAAUUGUUUACCCUCUGAACAGUGGAUCAAGCACCAUUCACAUUUUGUUCCGAAAUUAAUGUGAAAAGUAUUUCUUCAAUUAUUUAAAAUUAAGUGGGCUAUUUGAAGUCCAUAUAGGUAAAAAAGAAAGAACUGAGAAAAUGUAGAAUUUUGGAAUAUUAAUAUUUUAUGUUUAAAGCCAUAAUUUUUUAAUGUCAUAUCCAAAUAUGAGCCCAGCAUGUCCCUCUCAGAUAAAUGUGUCAGUCAGUGCUUUCCUUUACUGCACUUGAAGUCACUGCCUUAAUUUUUCCUUGUUCAGCCAAAAUCUUUGCAUUCUUUAUAUGUUAAAAAACUAAUUUUAGUUAUUGGUUCUUAAGGAAUAGAAAAAUAUGCUUAUUUUCCUUCUGAAAUAUUAAUUCUUUCAAAAACUGUGAGGCACAAAAUUCUGUUUUUUUUUUUUAACAGAAUGUAAGUAGUUAACACAAAUUUAGUCUCCUCUUGUCUUUUUUCUUUCUUAUUGUUAGUCGUUAAAAUGCUGGCAUAAAUGUCCUUUUUAUUAAGUGCCUAACUGACAGAGCUUACUUUGAAGAAAGUGCCCUAAUUUAUUAGUGACUUAAGAAUUGCCUUCAUUGGAGAAUUUGACUUGUCUGAGUAUCUUCUGUUGUUGUUCAGUCUGCUCAUCUCUCUGAGAUGUGUGUAGAGGAUAGCAGAUGAGAGGUGAGGGGAAUGUGUCCACGUUAAUGACUGCCCUCUGGCCGCCCACCCAGAGAUCCACAGCGGGGAGCUAGCUGUUGGACAGUUGGACUGUUGGACAGUCCAACAUCCUCAAGCUCCCUUGCUAGAAAUAACAUAGAGAAGCGAGAGUUAUGAGUAGCUCCAGGCUGGGGGUGAAGUUGUCACAAGGCAGGGUGACACCUUCCAAUGUGUUCUACUGCCCUCUUCCCUUCCCUACAUCUGCCAUGGGUUCUAUUUGGAUUUGCAGUCAAAAUUUGGUCAAGAGCCAUCACAUAAAGUUCUACAGUUAUGAAACUAGCUAUUACAUAAUAUGUAACUAAGGGAGGGAUUCUUGCAGAGAAUUUUGUUGUCAUAUAUGACAAUGUCAAACAAGUAUGACAGAACUAAUAGUAAAAUUUUCUGCAAAUUCCACUUCAGAGAACCUCAAUUCUUUUCUUAAAUUACUGAAUUUUUCUGAUGGAGGCAUUUUAGCAAAUGUAUGGUAUUAGUAACUCCCAUGAAUUAAGAUUUGGAAUUAUUUUAUUAAAUCGGAGUAUUUGAUAAGUCAGAUAAUAUUCUUUUCAUUCUUUCUUUUUUUUACAUCUUUGCAAAGACUAAUGACUAAUUAAAGGCUUUCUUUUCAAAAUUGUAUGAAGGCUGCUCUUUUGCUUUGCUCUUUCUUACAGAUUCUGCUUCUCAUUGAGUGUGAUUUCAUAGGAAAAAUUCUUUUUGUUAGAAUGUACCAAUUUAUAACAUUGAUAGUGCCUAAAAGUGUGCUAGUUUAUUUCUUUUCCAUAUUCUUCUUUCUCAACAUAUAACCACAACAUAAAGGAUAAAUACUUUAUUUUAAAAAGAUUUAUUUAUUUAUAUAUUUAUUUGAGAAGCAUAGUUAAAGACAGGGAGAGACAGAGAGAGAGCUCCUCCAUCCGCUGAUUCACUCCCCAGAUGGCUGUAAUGGCUGGAGCUGGGCUGAUCCGAAGCCAGGAGCCAGGAACUUCCUCCAGGUCUCCCACGUGGGUGCAGGGGCCCAAGCACUUGGGUCAUCUUCCACUGCUUUCCCAGGCCAUCAGCAGGGAGCUGGAUCAGAAGUGGAGCAGCCAGUACUUGAAGUGGUACCCAUAUGGGAUGUUGGCGCUGCAGGCAGAGGCUUAACCUACUAUACCACAGCGCUAGCCCUGAUAAAUACUUUUCAGACAGUGUGAGAAAAUAACUUUGAGUGUCUCUCACUGGACUUAAGCAGCCCCUCAAAAAUCUGUAGCUAAUUUCUUGUCUUCUGUGAAUCUAUAAACUAAUCUUUUACUUUUAAUAUUUCUAGCCAAUAUUAGUGACAGUUCAGCAAAUCCUUUUUUCAGAUUUAACCAUGAUCAAAAACAUCAUCACAUUUGCUUUUAUGGUUCCAGAAAACAUUGUAAUCAAAAUCAGCUAAGGAGAAAAAUUAUCCUUAUCAUCUUUCAAGUUUAUUUUUUAUUUGUGCACUACUAUUGGAAGUUUCAAACAAUGUAUGCUAAUAUUUCUUAGCAUGUUCUAUUUUCCCUGUAUGAAAAUAUCAGAUAGUUUUAGGAAGUCUCCAGAUAUCUCACCCUGGAGGAGAAUGUUCCUGUAUAAUCCAUCUUAAAAUGGACUAAAAUUUUGUUUGCACUAUAGAUUUAACUGAUUUUUAAAUCUUUUCUAUCUGACCAACAUAAGAUUUUCCAAUUUCAGCACUGACAUUCAGUUGAAUAAUUCUUUGUUCUAGAGGGCAUUAUAGGAUGUUUAGCAGUGUCCAUGACCUCUGCCCUCCAGCUCCCCCUAGUUAUAACCAAAAAGGCCUCUAAGCAUUGCCACCCUGGGAUACAAGAUCACCCCCAGAUGAGAGCCAGUGAUAGAAGAAAAUGGAAGACACAGUGAAUAUAGAGUCACAUUCUUUUUCUCUGUUUUAUUUUACCUUAGGAAAUGGUUUAAGAGGUGGUAGUAGUAUGUUAAAAUAAAUAGGGUUUCUGCUUUGCUAGUUAAUAAGGAAAAAAAAAUCUGAUGUUGCAGUUAUGUCUUCUGAUGUUUUAUCUACCCACCCCCAGCCCUACCUUUGCACACUGUGAUCUUACUUAGUAGGUUCAUGACUUCAGUAUAGUAUUUAGGGUUUAGGGUUAGGGUUAGGGGUUAAUGUAUUCUGCAGAUUGUCUUUGACUUGAUCUGCUUUUUUACUUCAUUUUUAACUGGGAAUAAAGAGGGUGAUCACUCUCUUUCAUCUGCCUUCUGUAUAAACCCUCGCCAGACUGGAAGCUCCUUGAAAGCAGAAAUCGUGUCUGCAUUCCCAGAACCAAACACUGUGCCUUCCUGUUUGUGGGAUCCAUUUUUACUUUGUAAGUGCAACUUUGUUUGCAUACACGUUUUGUUCCUGACGUUCCUGGUCGUUUGUUAGAAGUGAACUAGGUCAGUGAGUGAUUGAGAAGGACUACUUUGCUAUGACAGCUAGAAUCCUCGUGUUGUUUAUUUAAAAAUUCUUCAUGUGUUUAUAUGUCUGCAAGUGCAUUUCUCAGAGAGACACAUCCACAAAUCGCUUAGUUUAUGUGUUUGACUGUGGGUAACAAACAAGAGAUUGAAUCUUCCGGAUGCCAAACAAGCUGGUACUAUAGGAAGGAAAAGGCAGAAGGAGCCCCUUCUGUGGGGGACGUAUAUGCGGGAGACCAAGCUUUAACCCCAAGUGGCAGGAAUUUUAUAGUUCCGAGGGGAGAUACAGCCAUCUCCUGGCAUUCUUAGACUUGGAGUCAAGAGUCAUCUACAGACAGCCUAGACAGUUUAAAUAUACCAUAAUGGAUUCUGAAUCCCUUUGGAAACCUGGAUCACGUUUCUCCAUUGAAGUUAAAGACCCCAAACCCACCUCAGACCUCUGAGACCUACUUGGUUCCAGAAUUAUCUCAAAAUAGCAAAAGCCAGGUCAUCUGUUCAAACCAUUCAAAAUAGGUGAUGCCAAAACAUCCGACAGGCGAUCCAGAAUCAUGUUGUUUUUGUAAGUUUGGGGGCUUCAUAGCCAUAAAUAUUUUGGCACCAGCGUCUAUUGUAAUUCACAGGCUCUGUAGUCUCUACGUUCCCGUGAGAUGCUUGUCCCUGGAGGAAUGCAGGAAUGGGAACAGGAGACAGGAGCCUGCAGAAUCACUUAUUUAUGAAAUUCCCUGCUACUCUGUUUCCCCUCCUUUGACGCUUUCCUAAAUUUAGUCUGUUAUAAAAUGGCUGUGUCUAGACAGAUAUCGGUGUUGUUUAGGGGGAAAAAAAUGAUACAGGAACUCCAAUUUAAAUGAGCCUUAUCUUUAUAAGAAACUGCCAAACUGGUUUUCCAAGUGGCUUGUAUCAUUUUCUCCGCAGCAGUGUAUGAUGGUCAACUUUCUCCACUUCCUCACCAGCAUUGAUGUCACUGUCUUUUAUUUUAGUCAUCUGACAGUGAUAUCUCAUUGUGGUUUUAAUUGUAUUACUGUAAUAUGAUGAUAUUGAACAUCUUUUCAUAUAUCUUUUUGCCAUUUAUUUAUCCUCUUCUGUGAAAUUUCUGUUUAUAUCUUUUGCCUGUUUGCUAAUUGGAUUGUUUGUUAAAUGAGCCAUAUCUUAAAAUAUCCUUUUUAAAGUUUUUUAAAUCAGUCCAGUGACUUAAGAAAUCAUUAAAAGGUUUUUCAAAUCCUUCUAGGUAAAAUAUGUAUAGUGUUUGAACAUGAUUUUUUAAUCUGAGCAGAAGAAUUCUUGUAUUCCUUGUGUGGUACUAAUACUGUGUAAAGUUUCAAAGAUACCUUUACUUGGAAUGUUAAGCAGAAUGUACAGAUAUAUACAUUGUACAUGGCUACCAGAAUGUUUCUAAUCUUUUUUAUUUAAAAUAAGUGAUUUAAGGGGUCAGAAUGACUGUGAAAAAUUAAUUAAAAUUUUUCCUAUUUGUGCAACAUGGGUAAAUGUAGAAUCCUAUUCAUAUGGAUUCAUAUAUUCUUAUUUCUCUGGUGUUCUUUAAUUUCAUAGUUUUAUUAAGUAGUCAUUGAGAACCUCAUAAAUUGCAAUCGUUAAGCUCUGUAGAUAAAAAUCAAGGAUGCUCAGCAGUUGAAAUAAAUAUUUUUCUAUGCAUGUGAAUUUUUCCCUUAGGUUUUUGUGUACUUUAAAUUUUAAAUGUAAAAAAGAAAUUACUUGGACAUUUUUAUUACUAUUUUCUGUUUGGGUUUCUGCACAUUAAGAAAGUCACAAAAAUAAGCAUAUGUUAACUACAAUUCUACCCUGAGAUAAAUUUAUGCUUAAUAUAGUUAGAGAAGAAGAAUUUUAUGAAAGCUUCCUCUUAAGGCUCAUUAUUCUUUAUAUAUAACAUUUUUGCAUAAAGGAAACUACUAAAGAAGAGGGUUAGUUCUUUGUGGUGAGGAAACCAUCAGAUGCUGUGAAAUAUAUUGUACUUUUAAAUAUUUAAGAAGACAAGAACUAGAGGAAAUGUAAUUUCAUGUACUAAUAUGAAAGUAGUCUAGCGGCUAUUAAAAAUCACUUCUGAAAAUUAUUAUUGAAAAGUAUUUGGGGAACUGCAAUGAAAUGGCGCAUGAUUGACCUAUACAUGUGGGUCUAUUAAAGCUGUUUUUACUUCCUGUUCCUCUCUUCAUUGCUGUGCAGGAACACACAUUUCCAGUGACCUCCAUAUGCUGGAAGACACAGCAGGUGGUCUGGAUCCCCUGCCCUGGCUGCAGUGGAGUCUCCUACUGUUUCUAAGUCUAUGGGGUCAUUUUGUAGUAGGAAAUUUGAAGAAUGAUAAACAGUGAAUUAAUUAUUUGAAGAAAGGAAGGGAUUUAAAAAAAAAAAACUAUUUAUUUGAAAGAGUGACAGAGAGAGGGGACAGGCAUGGAGACAGAAGAGAGAUCUUCCAUCUGCUGGUUCACUUGACAAAUGACCACAAAGGCCAGGGCUGGGCCAGACCAAAGCCAGGAGCCAGGAUCUCCCAUGUGGGUGACAGGCUCCCAUGCACUUGAGCACUUCCCAGGCGCAUUAGCAGGGAGCUGGAUCAGAAUCCAAGCAACAGGAACUCGAACUAGUGCACCAAUAUGGGUGCAGCAGCUUAUCCCACUGUGCCAUAACACUGGCCCUUUUUUAAAAAUUAUUUGCAAGACAGACACACAGAGAGGCAGCAGAACAAGGUCCCAUCUGCUGCUUCACUCAUAAAAUGUUUGCAAUAACUGUGACUGGAAUUUUGCUCUACAUGAAAGCUAAGAAGUGAGUCUCCCAUAGUUUCAUGGGUAGUGACUAAAGAUAUGAGACUCUUGGGUCAGAGACUAAGAACAUUACUACUUGGGGCCCAGUGCUGUGGCAUAGCAGGUUAAGCCACUGCAACAAUAUGAGCGCCAGUUCGAGUCCUGGCUACUCCACUUCUGAUCCAGCUCCCUGCUAAUGUGCCUGGGAAAACAGCGGAAGAUGACCCAAGUUCUUGGGCCCCUUCACCCAUGUGGGAGACCUGGAAGACGAUCUUGGCUCCUGGCUUCAGUCUGGCCCAGCCCUAGCUGUUGUGGCUAUUUGGGGAAUGAACCAGCAGAUGAAAGAUCUCUCUAUAAUAAAGAUGUCUCUCUCUGUGUGCAUCUCUGCCUUUCAAAUAAACAGAUAAAUCUUAAAAAGAAGGAAAGAAAGAAAGAAAGAAAGAAAGAAAGAAAGAAAGAAAGAAAGAAA